AUGCGUUCGAUAACAGUGCGCGCAAGUGAAGCAAAGGUGACUUGCGUUAAGAUUAAUGAGGACGGAGACUUGUUAUUUACGAGUGGUAGUGACGAUUUGGUGAGUGUGUGGCGUCUCUCGAAUGGUGACCGUUUGGGUACAUACCAUUUGGUGCAUCAGCAUGAGUAUGAUUGGAAUAUAGAACAGUUGCGAGAGUCGUUGACGCGUGCUCACCGUGUGGUGAGUCACUUGGAUGUGAACCGAAAGUCCACGGAGUUGGCGGUGUGUCGUUUCGACACAGUGGUUAUAUACGAUGUCUGUUCGGGUCGUUUGCUGAAUGUGUUGAAUGAGGGUUCGAAGGUUGAGUGUGUUGAGUGGAACCGGAAUCCCUUGAAGCAGGAUAUGUUGUUAGUGGGUAUCAAACCAAUGGGUGGAGAGUGUGCUGUGCCGAUGUUCAAGGUGUACAAGUGUGACGACCUCGACGACCCGAACAGAUUGCAGGGCAGUCGACACUGGGACCCCGUUUGCGAGAUAAAGAAUUUUGAUGGAAUGCCCACCAUCUGUGGCUGGGGCCCCUACGACAAGUUUGUGAUUGGGGGUACGGACUCAGGAAAGCUCUACAAGUGGGACUUGAACGGGAAGGCAAUCGACAUGAAGCAGGCACACACCGGUGCAAUCACUUGCAUAUCGUUCAACAAAGAUAGGUCCAUAUUCGUCACCACUUCUCUGGACCGCAGCGCCAAGAUAUGGAACACCACUGACUUCUCAAUUAUUAAUACCAUUCUAGCUGAUAGGCCACUCCACGCAUGCAGCCUUAACCCACUGUUCGACGAAGAAGACCAAACCAAACGUAAGACCACCAUCAUCCUCUCUGGUGGUCAGGAAGCAAGCGAAGUUACCACUUCUGCCGCCGAUGCCGGUAUGUUCGAGAUCCUACUCGUCGACGCCAUCACGGGUGAAGAAGAGAAUCGAAUAACGGCUCACUACUCGCCAACCCUUUGUCUUUACUAUCAUCCUAAUGGAAAAAUCAUUGCGACUGGAGCGUACGAAGGGAAUAGCAAGGUAAUCUUCCUCAACUAA